AUGGAGUCCAAGGGCAGCCGAGACCCUCGAUUUGGCGACCUCUAUCGCAGCUUCAUGCAGGAAUACGAGGACCUGCAACAUAUGAAGAGGGUAAAUAUCGCAACAACAGCUGAGAAGAUCAGAUGCUACUUACCGCAUCACGGGGUCCUGAAGGAGGCGAGCACGACGACGAAGCUCCGAGUCGUGUUCAACGGCUCUCAACGGACACGAACUGGGAACUCGCUGAAUUCGCAUCUGCUGACUGGGGCGAAUUUGCUGCCCGCUCUCACCGACGUGCUGCUGCGAUGGCGUUGGCACCGAUAUGUCUUCGUCACAGACAUCGAGAAGAUGUAUCGCCAAAUUCUCGUACAUCCUGAGGACUGCAGCCUUCAAACGAUACUGUGGCGUCAACACAAAACGAGCGAGAUCCAGGAGUACGAGCUGCUGACGGUGACCUACGGCAUGGCGUGUGCACCGUUCCUGGCCAUCCGAACGCUGCGGCAACUCUGUGCGGACGAAGGGGCGCAGUUUCCUCAAGGGGCCACAGCACUUCGGCGAGAUUGCUACGUCGACGACGUAGUCACCGGAGCGGACGACCUCGGCGAUGCCGUCAACCUCCAGACAGAGCUGCGCAAUCUCUGCAUGGCGGGCGGAUUUCCGCUGAGGAAGUGGGCUUCAAACAAUCCGGACGUCCUCAGCGGAGUCCCACAGGAGCACCGGCUGCAGCAAGGACCACAUUCCUGGGACGACGAGAGCCAUUCGACCUUGGGUCUGCGAUGGCAUCCUCAAGAAGACCGGUUUGCCUUCGCCAUACAUCCUCGUGUAGUCAGCGAGUUUACGAAGCGACGAGUCCUCGCAGAGACUGCACGGCUGUUUGACCCGAUGGGCUGGCUCGCACCUGUCGUGAUUCGGGCGAAGAUCCUGAUCCAGACCACCUGGCUUCAGCAACUCGACUGGGACACUCCACUACCUGCCAAGGACGUCAAACGUUGGCAACAGCUGCUGAACCAGCUACCUCUGCUCAGCAACAUACGGGUGAAUCGCUGGCUCAGCACCGACAGCGAUUACUCCACGUUGCAGAUCCACGGCUUCGCAGAUGCAUCAGAGCGAGGAUAUGCUGCCGCCGUUUACAUCCGCAACUCUGGAAAGAAACAAAUCACAAUCAAUUUAAUCAUGGGAAAUCCAAAGUCGCGCCCGUCAAGCCAGUUUCGUUGCCUCGCCUUGAACUUGCACCUGUGGUCCGAUUCCAAGGUCACUCUCCAUUGGAUCCAGGGACACGCCGCUCGCUGGAAAACGUUCGUCGCCAACCGGGUGGCUCACAUCCAGACUCAGCUCCCGGACGCUCAGUGGAGACACGUGGCCGGGAAGGACAAUCCUGCAGAUUGCGCAUCACGAGGAAUUAAUCCGGAAGAGUUAGUCAAUCACACGCUAUGGUGGACUGGACCUACCUGGUUGGCAUUGGACGAGACAGCGUGGCCCAGCUCAGAGGUCCACAUCGCAGAGGACGACCUUCCGGAACAACGCACCACCAGCCUGAUGACCAAGGGUGCCGUCAUCGUUGAACCGGAUCUUCUCCUUCGGUUCUCCACACUCCAUCGGCUGCUGCGCGUUACGGCCUGGUGUCGUCGAUGGCUCAACGUGGCGAGCCGAGAGGUCACACUUGGUCGUCCGCUGCAUCCUGACGAGCUGGACGCCGCCCUACUUCAGUGGCUUCGAAUUGUGCAGGCACUCCACUUCCCGGACGAGAUAGCCGCUGCCACCGCGGGACGUCCCGGUCCACCACGCAGUUCACUGAUCAAACUCAGUCCAUUCCUCGACGACCAAGGUGUACUGCGCGUAGGAGGGCGCCUCAAACACGCUCUGCUGCCUUACGACGAGAAGCACCCGGUGAUCGUUCCGCCGGCCUCCUGGAUGACGCGACUGCUCAUCGAGUCCUGCCAUCGUCGGUCUCUACACGGCGGCGUCCAGAUGACUCUCGGCUUGCUUCGUCUUCGAUUCUGGGUGCCACGAGGAAGGACCGUCAUUAAGCAGCAACUUCAUCGGUGCGUCACUUGCACUCGCUGGCGAGCGGCCACUCCACAGCCUCCAAUGGGCAACCUUCCGCGUGACCGAGUGACGCCGACUCGGCCAUUCCUGAGCACUGGCCUGGACUACGCGGGACCCAUCUUCAUCCGGACCAGCAAGGGGCGCGGACACCGCUCACAGAGAGGAUACAUAGCUGUCUUCGUAUGCUUUUGGUCGAAGGCUAUCCACCUCGAGGUCGUCUCGGACUACAGUUCCGAGGCCUUCAUCGCCGCCUUACGCCGCUUCGUCUCCCGCAGAGGCCUGUGUACGGACGUGUACAGCGACUGCGGCACGACGUUCGUCGGCGCCGAUCGCACCCUGCGCGAGCUCUUCAAGGCGUCAUCUUCCGAGGGCCAUCACAUCGCUCGCGCCGCCAACAAUCAAGGGAUCCGCUGGCACUUUAAUCCGCCAGCGGCCCCUCACUUCGGUGGUCUGUGGGAGGCUGCCGUAAAAUCCACAAAAUUCCACCUCCGUCGAGUAAUCGGCGAAACCACCCUCACAUAUGAGGAACUUAGCACACUCCUCACGCAAAUCGAGGCGUGUCUUAAUUCUCGUCCGUUGCAGGCUUUAUCAGACGAUCCGGACGACACUUCGGCGCUCACACCAGGCCACUUCCUCAUCGGGGCGCCGCUAUUAGCCGUACCUGAGCCAUCGUUGACUGGUCAACCAGCAUCCACUCUGUCACGCUGGCGUCAUCUCCAAUUGAUGCGAGACCAUUUUUGGCAGCGUUGGUCAGCGGAGUACGUGCACGGCCUCAACCCCCGCACCAAAUGGGUCAAGGCCGAGGCCGCACCUCACGUGGGGGACCUCUGUCUCAUUCGUUCGGAGCUCACCCCUCCGACUCGAUGGCCUCUCGCACGGAUCACGAUACUGCAUCCCGGGGACGACGGUAUCGUCCGCGUGGUUUCGGUCCGCACCGCCACAUCCGAAUUCGUGCGCCCGCUCGUUAAAUUAGUCAUGCUUCCGGGCGCGGAUCGUAUUCCUGGCAUGACUAACGCGGACACGUCGUCCGCCGGCACGUAA